AGCUGUAGCCGGCCGCUCGUAGCGCUACGACGCUACGCCGCUACGCCGCACUCGCUACGAAAUACGCACCGAAAAAAAUGUGAAGUUUUCAACCGAAGUUUGAGAUGCGCUUGUGAAUAAUGUUGCUAGGAAAGUUCUUGUUCUGUAUACAUUUCGGACUUGUCUUCCAUGUUGUGAUUUGCUUUAAGGAUUCCGUGGAUGUGCCACGAUUUGAGGACAGCCUAAACAACCUGACAGUAUCGUUGGGACGGGAAGCAGUGUUCACGUGUGUCGUCAAUGAUCUCGGCUCUUACAGGGUGGCGUGGCUACGCGUGGACACGCAGACGAUCCUGACGAUCGCCACGCACGUGAUCACCAAGAACCACCGGAUCGCCGUGAACCACAGCGACCGGCGCGUGUGGUUCCUGCACGUGCACGACGUGCGCCAGAGCGACCGCGGCUGGUACAUGUGCCAGCUCAACACCGACCCCAUGAAGAGCCAGACCGCCUACCUCGAUGUGGUUGUGCCUCCAGACAUCCUGGACUACCCGACGAGCAGCGACCAGGUGGCUCGCGAGGGCGCCAACGUGUCGCUCCGGUGCGCGGCCCACGGCGUGCCCACGCCCCACGUGGUGUGGAGGAAGGAGGCCGGCGACCUGCUGCCCGCCGCCAACUUCAGCGACACACUCAACAGAUCAGUGAGCGGCGCCGUGCUGCACAUGACGAAAGUAUCAAGACUGCACAUGGGCGCGUACCUCUGCAUCGCCAGCAACGGGGUGCCGCCCUCCGUGAGCAAGCGAGUCAUGCUCGUCGUGCACUUCCCCCCAAUAAUGACAAUACAGAACCAGCUGGUGGGCGCCAAGGAGGGUGACUCCGUGCACCUCGACUGCCACUCGGAGGCGUUCCCGAGGUCCAUCAACUACUGGACGAUCAACGACCAGAUCAUAUCACAGUCGGACAAAAGGUUUGUGAUCACCGCUAUUGAAAAAGGCUACGAAGUGGACAUGAGGCUGAAAAUCAAGCGAGUGGCGCGCUCCACCUUCGGGACCUACAGUUGCAUAUCAAAAAACUCUCUAGGAGACACAGACGGGACGAUAAAGUUGUAUUCCCUGUCCGGGAAAUUUGAUGAGAUGAUGGACAACGAGAUCGGCGAGUUCGACGAGACGCCUGAUGUGAGCGAACUGGAGGCGCUCAAGCGAAGCGGAGCGAACGCGCUCUACAACUCCCUCCCGCUCGCUGCCGUGGCCAUCCUAGUGCUGUUAUAAUACACCUUAUAUAGCCACUUUGUAUAUAGACGAAUAUAUUGUUAUAAAUAACUUUUA